UUUCUUAGCUGUUAUCACUGGUCCAAGUCGCAAUUUUUUUCCCAAUUUUGUUUUCCGAGUUAACAAUUAAUCUCCCCACAUCUUGGUCAUUUUGUCUCUGUUUCCUCUCUCCAGGGAAUGGAAAAGUAAACGUUUUUCUUUGCCUCUAGAUCUCAGGAAGGAGAGAAGACCAGUCUCUGCCUUCUCACAUAACACUGAAUUCGGAGAUACGAAUAUAUAGGUAUAUACAGUUGUCGAUAUACAAGGAAGAAUAGGGAGAGGGGGGUUUGGGGGAUAUGGGUUUGCAGGAGAAUGGGAAUGGAUUGGGGGGCAAGAACAAGUAUAGGAGGAUGGAAUCUGAUGGGGCAGAGGAUGAGGAUGUGGUGCUGACAAAUAAUGGGCAGCAAGAGGAGCUGAACGGGAUUAAGAAUAACCAAACCGGGAGAUUUGUGUUUGCUUGUGCCGUCUUUGCUUCGCUCAAUAGUGUGCUGCUUGGCUAUGAUGUCGGUGUUAUGAGUGGAGCAAUCAUAUUCAUUAAAGAGGACCUAAAGAUAUCAGAAGUACAAGAAGAAGUUCUUGUAGGAAUUUUAAGCAUAAUUUCACUUUUGGGUAGUUUAGCUGGAGGAAAAACUUCUGAUGUCAUUGGCAGAAAGUGGACUAUAGCUUUUGCCUCCUUACUAUUUCAGUGUGGUGCAGGCAUUAUGGCUCUUGCACCUAAUUUCACAGCACUUAUGAUUGGCAGACUCUUUGCUGGGGUGGGUAUAGGCUUUGGGCUUAUGAUUGCUCCUGUAUACAUUGCCGAGAUAUCACCCUCCGCAUCCAGAGGAUCUCUUACCUCAUUUCCCGAGAUCUUUAUUAAUUUAGGAAUACUUCUUGGAUACGUCUCAAACUAUGUUUUCUCCGGACUGUCAGCACACAUAAACUGGAGGAUCAUGCUUGGUGUGGGAAUCAUUCCCUCGGUGUUUAUUGGGUUUGCACUAUGUGUCAUUCCUGAAUCCCCGAGGUGGUUGGUGAUGCAGAACAGGAUUGAAGAAGCAAGAUUAGUUCUUUCAAAGACUAAUGAGAGCGAAAGAGAAGUUGAGGAGAGACUGGCAGAAAUAGAAUUAGCUGCUGGUGUUGCGAACACUGAUAAGGAUGAAGCAAAAGCUGUAUGGCGUGAAUUAUUAUAUCCUUCACCUGGUGUUCGGCGGAUGUUGAUAACUGGAUGUGGAAUACAGUGCUUCCAACAGAUUACAGGGAUUGAUGCAACAGUGUACUAUAGUCCCACAAUUUUUAAGGAUGCUGGGAUGACGGACAACACUCACAUUCUUGCGGCAACUGUUGCUGUUGGGUUUGCCAAAACCACAUUCAUCUUGGUCGCAAUACUUCUUAUCGAUAAAUUGGGUAGGAAGCCAUUGCUUUAUAUCAGCACAAUUGGAAUGACUAUCUGCUUAUUUGGUCUGAGCUUUACUCUCUCUUUCCUGGGGGAUGGAAAACUCGGGGCUGGCCUUGCAAUUUUAGCAGUUUGUGGCAAUGUUUCUUUCUUCUCCAUUGGGAUUGGCCCGAUCUGUUGGGUCUUAUCUUCUGAAAUCUUCCCUCUAAGGCUUCGAGCUCAAGCAUCUGCGCUUGGGGGUGUGGGAAGCAGGGUCAGCAGUGGCCUGGUUUCUAUGUCAUUCCUUACAGUGUCCCGUGCAAUUACUGUUGGAGGAACUUUCUUUAUCUUUGCGAUGAUUUCAGCCCUUUCUGUUGUUUUUGUCCAUACAUGCGUUCCAGAAACGAAAGGGAAAUCUCUGGAGCAAAUUGAAUUGCUCUUCCAAAAUGAAGGAGAAUGGCAAAGGGCCGAGGUCGCGGAGGUGGAAUUGGCUGAUGUUGAGCGUCUAGUACCAAAAGAAUAGAGUUUUCGUUAGGAUCACAAACCUCCGAUGGAGGCCGCCUAUUAUUUCAUAUAUCAGCUGUGAUGUUGCAUACGUCCUGUGAAUCCUCUAGAAAUACAGUUGAUAAAGGAUUUUUUUUUUCUGAAUUCAUUUUUUCACCUCCUUCUACAAUAGGUAUAUAUAAUUAUAUAUGCAUUUAGCUUAACCAGCAAAACUAGAGUUGCUGCAUUGUAUUCCUGGAGCUUAUUAUAUACAUUUGUUCUUCUUUCUGCGGAGACCAAGAACAUUGCUUUGAUAUAUACAUAUAUAUAUAUACACAGAGGAUUCAAAUCUA